CGCUCCUGUCACCGUCCCAGGCCCGGUCCAUCGCUGCUCCCUUCCUAGCGCGGCUGCCCCGAGACUCCCUGCGGGCUGGGUCGGCUCCCUUCGGAAACGGCUCCCGUGGGAUGUGUUCUGCUCCACGGCAGUUCUGGAGCCAGACUGGGCGAGACCCCCGGCAGUCCGAGCACCUGACCCUUGAACCACAGCUGGGGUGAGAGUUCUGGCCAGUGAAAUGUGGCAGCGAGAAGCUUCACGGGAAGGGAAGCUGGGCUGCAUUUGGGAGGAGCCACUUCCCUCUCCCCAGAAGGAUGGAGGUCCUGCAGCUCCUGCGUCUGCUCCUCACCACUGCCAUGCUGGGCCUGUCCCAGACAGUGAACCCCUUUGUGGCCCAGCAGACCCCCCCAGACCCUUGCUAUGAUGAGAGCGGUGCUCCUCGACGCUGCAUCCCUGAGUUUGUCAACGCCGCCUUCGGGAAGGAGGUUCAAGCUUCCAGCACGUGCGGGCGGCCCCCAACGCGGCACUGCAACGCCUCGGACCCGCGCCGAGCGCACCCGCCCGCCUACCUGACCGACCUCAACACCGCCUCCAACAUGACCUGCUGGCGCUCGGAAACCCUCCACCACUCGCCCCAGAACGUCACCCUCACCCUCUCCCUCGGCAAGAAGUUUGAGGUGGUCUACGUCAGCCUACAGUUCUGCUCGCCCCGGCCCGAGUCCACCGCCAUCCUCAAGUCCAUGGACUACGGCAAGACGUGGGUGCCCUACCAGUACUACUCCUCCCAGUGCCGUAAGAUCUACGGCAAGCCCAGCAAAGCCACGGUCACCAAGCAGAACGAGCAGGAGGCGCUGUGCACCGACGGCCUCACCGACCUCUACCCGCUCACCGGGGGGCUCAUUGCCUUCAGCACCCUCGACGGGCGACCCUCGGCCCAGGACUUCGACAGCAGCCCCGUGCUCCAGGACUGGGUGACGGCCACCGACAUCCGCGUGGUCUUCAGCCGCCCGCACCUCUUCCGUGAGCUGGGCAGCAGCCGGGACGCGGGCGAGGAGGAGGGCGCCACGGGCACCACGGGCUCCACGCCCUACUACUACGCGGUGGGGGAGCUGCAGGUCGGCGGGCGCUGCAAGUGCAACGGGCACGCGGCGCGCUGCGUCAAGGACAAGGAGCAGAAGCUGGUGUGCGACUGCAAGCACAACACAGAGGGGCCCGAGUGUGACCGCUGCAAGCCUUUCCACUACGACCGGCCCUGGCAGCGCGCUACUGCCCGUGAGGCCAACGAGUGUCUGGCCUGCAACUGCAACCUGCACGCGCGGCGCUGCCGCUUCAACAUGGAGCUGUUCAAGCUGUCGGGGCGCAAGAGCGGCGGCGUGUGCCUCAACUGCCGGCACAACACGGCGGGCAGGCACUGCCACUACUGCAAGGAGGGCUUCUACCGCGACCUCAGCAAGGCCAUCACCGACCGCAAGGCCUGCAAGGCCUGUGACUGCCACCCCGUCGGUGCAGCUGGCAAGACCUGCAACCAGACCACGGGGCAGUGUCCCUGCAAGGACGGCGUCACCGGGCUCACGUGCAACCGCUGCGCCAAGGGCUACCAGCAGAGCCGCUCGCCCGUGGCCCCCUGCAUCAAGAUUCCUGCCAUCAACCCCACCUCCCUGGUCACCAGCACAGAGGCACCUGCAGACUGUGACUCCUACUGCAAACCAGCCAAGGGCAACUACAAGAUUAACAUGAAGAAGUACUGCAAGAAGGACUAUGUGGUCCAGGUGAACAUCCUGGAGAUGGAGACGGUGGCCAACUGGGCCAAGUUCACCAUCAACAUCCUCUCUGUCUACAAGUGCCGUGACGAGCGGGUCAAGCGCGGUGACAACUUUUUGUGGAUCCACCUGAAGGACCUGUCCUGCAAGUGCCCCAAGAUCCAGAUCAGCAAGAAGUACCUGGUGAUGGGGAUCAGCGAGAACUCCACGGACCGGCCCGGACUGAUGGCCGACAAGAACAGCCUGGUGAUCCAGUGGCGGGACGCCUGGACACGGCGCCUUCGGAAACUGCAGCGGCGCGAGAAGAAGGGCAAGUGUGUGAAGCCCUGAGGGGUUUGCACCCACCCUGUCCCCCCUGCCAGCCCCAGCCCAGCUGGGCACUGCCAGACUGCACCACAGACUCUGUACAUAUCCAUAGUGUGAAUGGACUCUUUGUCUAUAGUGUAUAUUUUGGCAAUGGUUUCCUGUUGUGUGCGUGUGCACGGGUGGGUGUGCGUGUCAGCCCUUUUCUCUACGUGUGUAUUAAAAAUAAUGCAGUAAUGACAAACCUUUAACGAGGAGCAAAGUGGAGCAAGGUCCUGUGGGUGCCUGUCACUUGAAGGGGCUUGAAGGGGAUUAGUGCCCUGCUCCAGGCAUUCUGGAGCUCAUUUUCAAGGCUUUUGUAUUCCCUUUGACACAGUUGUCUUCUGCCCAGUGAUAUCUCAGCUGACAGCUCUCCCUUCUCCAGCAUCCAGGGUAUGAUUCUUCCUCACUCUGAAAAUGUGCUGCUGCUGGGCCUCUCUCUGCCUUUCUCGUUGCCCAGGAGGAGCAGGAGGUCAGAGUCUUCUGCCCCUCAUUCCGAUGUGCGGGCAGGCUGAGUGGAAACUGUCCAGUGCUGCAGUGUCCAGCCCCAGGACCUCCAUCAGAAAGGACAAACGAACUUUUACAAGGCCUGAUUCCCCUUGGGCUCACAUGGAGCAGUGCUGCUGGCUGGGGCAGGACCUGUGCUGUGCUGCGGUGCCAUAGGGAGAAGCCAAGCCCUGUCAGACUGUGUCCACCAGGGAGAAAGGGACAGACCUGGCAACCCCUGGUUGCCACUGUCCUGGUGCCUAGUCCAGACAACCCAGUGAGAAAGACCUGGACACACCAUUUUCCCCUCCCAUGUCCACCUGCUCCAUCUGAACCUGAGCUGGACUGGCCAGCCUGACUGGAGCCAUCAUGCACAGUCAUCCAUCCACCCAGGUCUGUGUGCCUGUAUUCUCACCUGGUACCAACUGACACAAUUCCACCUGUUCCUGUUGAGACACCAAGUGACCAUCUGCCUUGGUGUGCAUCUUCAGAGCUGGCCAGACUGCGUGCUCUCCUGGGAAGAACUGGCCAAGGCUGUCCAUGGAGAUGCACAAGGCAGAGGUGACAGGAAGAAAGAGUUUUCAUUGAUCCACCUCUAGGCUUUUAUAUCUUCUUCACCAUGUAUUAGUCUCUGGUUAAACAGACACCAGUAUCUUCCCAUGUUGAGAUUGUAGCAGUCCUGGCUUAAUAAAUACAAAUAGAAAUAAUAGGUGCUCUGACAAUAGAUAUUCCUUUCCACACAAA